AUGGCUUACUUGAAGAUGAGAUGUAUGUACAUUUUCCUUUUGGUUCUGGGGGCCCUUUGUUUAUAUGUCAGCAUGUACAGCCUGACUCCUUUUAAAGAAGAGCAGUUUGUUUUUAAGAAAGAAAGUGGGAACUUUCUUCAGCUCCCAGAAAUAGACUGCACCCAGAAUCCUCCCUUUCUUGUUCUACUGGUGACUUCCUCACACAGACAGGUGGCUGCCAGGAUGGCCAUCAGGCAGACUUGGGGGAGAGAAAGGGUUGUGAAAGAAAAACAAAUAAAAGCCUUCUUUCUCCUGGGAACCACAACCAAAGAGUAUGAAAUGACAGCAGUGAGCCAGGAAGGCCAGCAGCACCGAGACAUUAUUCAGAAGGACUUUGUGGAUGUCUACUUCAAUUUGACUCUGAAGACCAUGAUGGGCAUGGAAUGGAUCCACCACUUCUGCCCCCAGGCCACCUUUGUGAUGAAGACAGACUCGGACAUGUUUAUAAACGUCUACUAUCUGGUCGAACUACUUCUAAAGAAAAACAAAACGAGUAGGUUUUUCACUGGCUUCUUGAAGAUGAAUGAAUACCCAAUUCGAAAAAUAUUCAGUAAGUGGUUCGUCAGCAAAUACGAGUACCCAUGGGAAAGGUACCCGCCCUUUUGCUCCGGCACUGGGUAUGUUUUUUCUAGUGAUGUUGCAAGUCAGGUGUAUAAUGUUUCCGAGAGCGUGCCCUUCAUUAAAUUAGAAGACGUAUUUGUGGGACUCUGCCUGGCCAAACUGAACAUCAAGCUGGAGGAACUGCACUCGGAGCAGACAUUUUUCCCUGAAGGGUUACGUUUUUCCACGUGUCGUUUUAAGAAAAUUGUGGCCAGUCAUUUUAUUAAGCCUCCAGAAAUGUUGACCUACUGGCACGCUCUUGAGAAUUUAUCGGACGAUAAGUGCCCAGUUGUCUGA